AUGCUUAUUGCAUGCUUGUUCGCUGUAGUUGACCACGGUGAGUUUACAGAUGACUAUAUCUAAUAAGUCCAUUAAAAAUAAAUUAUUUGGAUUUUGUAACAGUUUUUAUAGGUAUUAUACAGUGUAUUUUGGCUACAUAGUCAUAGAGAAUGCCAUUGGCAUUGCUUUAUUUCAAGUAUCAAAGAGUAUGUACGUGCGCGACCUGGUCUCAAACCGAGCAUUUUGCCAAAUGCUGCAAUAACAGGAUGAUUUUUGUAAUCGAGUUCGUAAUAAUACGAAAAGGAUUUGAAUACAAACAGCCAGGCAGAAUCGUUUUGAUCACACUCACAGUAUCCGUCCGAACCUGACUAUAGCGUUCUGUGACAUUUUCGCCGUAUAGAGGAUAUUACACGGCGGCGCGAAGAUAUACGACUUUUAUCUUCGAGCGGUGAAAACAAUAUUUUACGAACGAGCGCAGCGAGUGAGUAAAAUACUGUUUUUAACACGAGAAGCUAAAAGUCAUAUCUUCAAGCCACCGUGUAAUGUGGAAAAUAUGUCACUGUGUAUUUCUCAGUAUCUCACUCUCUACUAUAUAAUAAACAGAUUUAUUCACUCGACUUUGUCUUUGAAGUGUUGACGCGUUAAUGACUGGUUAAUAUGAUAUUUUAAAACUACCGUUUCUGCCUCCAUCAAAAUGACAUAUUCAAAUUGACUGUCUAUUUGCCUCUUAAAACUAAAAAUUAUAUUGGUUAAAAUAUCUAAUCCACAGCUGGAGAUGUGAAUUCUAGCACGAUGCAAACACACUCUGCGCGGUAGUGUUUGGAAUUGCUAUGGCGCCUUCGAAGUUUGAUCUGCAUGAGCUUUAGAACAGGUAACUGGUAAGAGAGGUUUUACACAGGAGCUAUAUAGACUUCACCCUCCAAAAUAAUCUCACGAGAUUUUAUUUUAAUUUCUUGUUAGAUCUUCAUGAUGUUCCUUCAUGCAAAGUUAAAGAAACUGAAGAAGUACGAGAAGAAAGCUGAGCGGAAACAAGAAAUACUUCGUGAAAAGAAAUUGUUUGUUCUGGACAACUCGUUACGUGAAAGUACUGUUGGACAACUCAGAGGUCAUACGAUUGAAAAUAAAUGGAAGAUUUAUGAAGAGGUAAAUAUAUAGUGAUUAUUUUAAUAGGCAAAGUAAGAAAUAUUAAUUUGCCAUAUGGCAACAAUGACAAUGUAGGGGAUUCCAUUCGGACAUCAAAUUUAUUCGCUGUUAAUCUUGUUGUUACAAUUCUAGAACCGCCGUACACCAGCACAAUUUCUUCAUUGUGCUACUCUAUACUGCAAAUUAUGUAUAUCCCUAUACAAGUGUUACGGAACUAUAUGGUCCAUUAUGGCUUUCAGUUCUUAAUUGUAAAUAAAAAUAUGAUUUUAACUGCUAAACUAAAGAGAAUAGAACCAAGAAUAUAUUGAACACUUUGUUAUCGAAUAAGAAUGUAUUGUCAGUAUUGAAAUACUGAAAGUCUGAAAUAUCAGCGAAUGUUUUUGAAUAUUAAAUUAAUUAUUAAUAUUUGAGGGAUUUUUAAUAUUCAAUACUUUGUCUUUGUAUCACGCUAGCCUCCUCCGCAGGCAUCUCUCACAAAUCCAGAAUUUUUUUUUUUCAAAACCCAUUCCCAGGCUAAAACCCAAAGAGAGGCCUGCGGAGGAAGCUAGCUGGUAUCACGCAUGCAUAUGUACUAUUUAUAAAAUAGCCUUUUAAAAACACGGGCGCUGAUUGGUCAAAAGCUCAACUAUGAACCCGUGUUUCUACAACUCGAUAGAAACACGGGGAAUUUUCACGCGGGUUGCGUGGAUUGAGCGAGAGUUUAAAAGACAAUACAAAUAAUAAUUAUUUAAUUUUGAAAAAUUUGAAUAACGUCCCGAAACGCCGAAGAACCGUUACAAAAAAAGGCAAUACUUUGCUAACUUAGAAAGCGAAGACCUAAAGCACAAAGUAUAAUUAUAGCACACGUUGUAUCCGUGAUCUGUUUGACUGUUUACCAAGGUAAGAUAUUUUAAUUUUAGUUUGUCUUUUUAAUUAAAAAAAAUAUUUCCUCGCGACGUUUUUAAUCAUGUUUACUAUACUCUAUAGUUUUUAAUCCGCAUGUUUAAACGUUCACUAACUAUUUAAAACAGUGCCGCUUUCUUUGCAUGCAAGCAUGUACGUUGUUGAGUGAAUUAUAUACUUAGUAAAGUAAGCCUGUUAUUGUUAAGUGCUGUCUGUUGUUUUGACAGCGAUAUACUUGUUUACUUCGCUAUGCUUUUAUAAUUAUUCUUUACACGAACGUUCGAUAUUAAGGUGGAAUUAAUAUUUGAAUGAAAGCAAUUAAAAUCAAUAAAUUUAUCUUUUUUAUUGUUUUUAAAAGGCUAUUUGAUAAAGGAAAUAGAAAACAUUUUUUCCGUGUUCCUGUAGUAUAGAGUUUAUAGAAACACUUGUGAAAGUUUGGGAGAAACUCGAAAUUGCGUGGAAACACACGCACUUCGUGCACGUGUUCCCACCCAAUUUCUCGUUUCUCCCAAACUUUCACGCGUGUUUCUAUAACUCUAAAGAAACACGGAAAAUGUUUUCUAUUUCUUAAAUAAUGUUUCAAACACUCAUUAAUAAUUCAUAAGCUUAUUGGCAAAUCAGGUAAACUAUAACAUGUCACGUGCAGUGGCUUUAAACCUGGUAAAACACUCCUAAUUAGUAUUUUUUAAAUAUAAAGAAUACUAAUAAGGCGGUAUAUCUAUUGAAUUUGUAUAGUCGUGUUUGAAGCCGUUUAAUAAACUCGCAGGUCGUGUUUUAUUAGGUCUAAAGCCACUCGCGCUGCGCGCUCGUGUCUUUAAACCUAAUAAAACACUCCUGCUCGUUUAUUAAACAGUACAUAAUACAGCUUCUUGAAAUUAUGUAUUCGAUUAUUUUAGAUAAAAAAAGUUGGCUUUCAGGAUAUCAUUGUAACAUCGUUUUCCCAUAUGACCCGUGUUGGAGAUACAUUUAUCCGUCAACUGGCAGAAAAAGGAGAAGAUUUUAGCAGAUUUUACGCUUUUACAGAGUUUAUUGAAUCAAUUGACAGUCGAACCAAAAUUCCUGACACAGACACCAUUCCUGUUGGCUUGAUGAAAAUGAAAGAGUUGGGCAUUCGAAAUCCGAUCAUAGAAGCUGAUUUGUUUUAUCCCAGCAUCGACUACAAAAUAUUCAACGUGAAAAGAAUUACCAAACUUUUCUCACAAAGAAUGCAAUGG